UCUUCCCUCUUCAGCCAGCUCAGGUACAGCAGAGCACACCAAGCACCGCUCGGGGGAGGCUUCACUGCUGUCACGACUGGUCGCCCGGCUCUGGGCACCCUGACGUACUCAUCUCAGUCUUCCUUCUUGACCCACGCGCCAACCGUCGACAUGGCCAAGUACGCAAACCCCCCGCAGCCGCCGCCGCUCUUUACCGGCACCAAGGACAGCAUCGUGGCCGACUCCAAGAGUUUGUGCGACCGGACUCGCUCGCUGUUAGACUCGCUUGUGGCCAAUAUUAAGCCCGCCGAGAACCCGGCCGCGGCCACCUUCGACUCCGUCAUCCGUCCGCAAGUCGAAGACGAGAACGAGAGCUCCCUUAGCGCCCGGAUCCUCGGUUUCUACCAAUAUGUCUCGGCAGACAGUGCUCUCCGUGACGCCAGUACCGAGGCUGACAAGAUCCUGGACGAGUUCGCCAUUGAGUGCAGCAUGCGUGAGGACGUUUUCCGCCUCGUGGAUGCCGUCUACCGGAACUCCGGCCUCGCCGAGAGCCUUGAGAAGGACAAAAAUCGUCUGAUCGACGAGGCCUUGGCCAAGUCUGCUGGCUUGGAUGACGUUGAAAGUGCGCGGCUGCUGGAGAAGGAGAGGAAGAGCUACAUCAGGAAUGGCCUGGGUCUGCCGGAGGGCCCCAAGCGGGACCGGUUCAAGGAGAUCAAGAAGAGACUCAGCCAGAUUCAGAUUGAGUUUCAAAAGAACCUGAACGAGGAGAAUGGUGGCAUCUGGUUCACCAAGGAAGAACUCGACGGUGUCCCCCAAGAUGUCCUGGACACUCUGGAGAAGGGCACCGGUGAGAACGAGGGCAAACUCAGGCUCACGUUCAAGUACCCCGAUCUCUUCCCUACCCUCAAAUUCGCAAAGAAUCCCGAGACACGUCGCAGGGUGUUCAUCGCAAACGAGAACAAGUGCAACCAGAACGUCCCGCUGUUCAAAGAGGCCAUCCUGCUCCGGGACGAGGCCGCCCGUCUCCUUGGCUAUCCGGACCACGCCUCGUUCCGGAUUGAGGACAAGAUGGCCAAGACACCGAAAACCGUGCUUGACUUCCUCGGGGAUCUCAAGAGCCGCCUGGCUGCUGGAGGUGUUAAAGAAAUCGAGCACCUUCUUGAACUCAAGAAGAAGGACCACGAAGCGCGUAACCUUCCCUUCGAUGGCAACUACUACCUCUGGGACCACCGAUUCUAUGACCGCAUGAUGGUUGAGCAAGAGUACAGCAUCGAUGAGAAUGCGAUUGCCGAAUACUUCCCGCUGAAGUCAACAGUUGCCGGCAUGCUCCGCAUCUUCGAGGAACUGUUUGGUUUGGUCUUUGUCGAACUCACACCCGAAGACCGCAAGCGCAUCUCCCCCACUGGCAAGGGUGAGGAUAUUGCAUGGCACGAGGAUGUCAUCAUCUUCAGUGUCUGGAACGAUGAGAGCGAAGGCGAUGGCUUCGUGGGUUAUCUGUACCUUGAUCUUCAUCCUCGCCCUGGCAAGUACGGCCACGCGGCCAACUUUAGCCUUCAGCCGGGUUUCCUCAAGCCGGACGGCACCAGGCGCUACCCCGCCACUGCUCUGGUCUGCAACUUCAGCAAGCCCACGGACAAGAAGCCCUCCCUCCUCAAGCACGACGAGGUCGUCACUCUCUUCCAUGAGCUUGGUCACGGUAUCCAUGACUUGGCCGGCCGGACCCGGUAUGCUCGAUACCACGGCACUUCGACGGUCCGCGAUUUCGUCGAGGCGCCCAGUCAGAUGCUCGAGAACUGGUGCUGGACCCCGAGCCAGCUCAAGAGUUUGAGUAGCCACUACGAGACGGGCCAGCCAAUUCCGGAUGAUCUCAUCGAGAAGCUGAUUGCCACCAAACAUGUCAAUGACGCUCUGUUCAAUCUGAGGCAGCUGCACUUUGGCUUGUUCGACAUGACGGUCCACACCCCCGAAACACAUGAAAAGCUGGAGAAGCUGGAUGUGAGCAAGCUGUACAACGAGCUGCGUGUGGAAAUCUCCCAGAUUAAGGGCCCUGAGGCGCAGGGCGAGCCAAGCACAUGGGGCAACGGUCAGGCGACGUUUGGGCACCUGAUUGGAGGCUACGACGCCGGUUACUACGGUUACCUCUCCUCGCAGGUGUACUCAACUGAUAUGUUCUACUCUGUUUUCAAGAGCAACCCGAUGGACCCUGUGCAGGGCCGCCGCUAUAGGCACACAGUGCUGGAGAAGGGCGGGUCGCAGGACGAGAUGCUCACUCUCGAGCAAUUCCUGGGAAGGAAGCCGAGCACCGAAGCAUUCUACAAGGAGCUUGGACUGGAAAACUGAGAUAUCCCGUUGAAGGAAUUCGUCCAGCUUAGUUAGCAUCCGAGUGGUAACGUACAUGUCCAUGAAGCCCUGCAUGAUGCAGCACGGCACGCACAUAGGACU